AUGGAUGAAAUACAAAUAUCAAAUUUUUUAAAAUUUAUUAAUUAUCAUUUAUCAUCAAAGAAUGAAAAAAAAUUUGUUAAAGAUUUAUCACAAGAUUUAUCUAAUGGACAUAUAUUAAUUGAUUUAAUUGAAAUAUUUUCAUCAACAAAAUUAAAACGUGAACAUGGUCAUACACGUUUUCAUUCAUUAACAAAUGUACAAUAUGUAUUAGAUUAUUUAAAAUUACAUAUGCAACAUAUUAAUAUAACACCACAUGAUAUUGUUUCAGGUAAUCGUAAACAAAUUUUAGCAUUACUUUGGAUAAUAAUGAAAAUAUUUGAUUUUCCAUCAUUUCAUAUAACAACAAAUAAAAUAAUAUAUAAUGAUAAUACAAUUUAUUCAUUUGGACAAGAUCGUAAUAUAUUACUUAAAUGGAUUAAUAAUUUAUUAAAUAAAAUUUUAAAUACAAAUAUAAUUUAUAUAAAAGAUUUUUAUAUUGAAACAUGGCUUAAUAAUACAUAUUUAUCAUUAAUUAUUAAAUAUUUAUCUUCAUGUAGUUUAAAAUAUGGUACAUUAGAAUAUUUUCAAUAUAUAAAACAAAUAGAUGAAUUUAAUUUAUCUAAUCAAAAAGAAUAUUUUGAAUUAUGUUUAAAUUUAUCAAAUUAUUGUUUUAAUACAAUAACAAUUAUUGAUUAUACAGAUCAAACAGAAAAAAGUUUAAUUCGAUUUUUUUUAGAAUUAAAACAAAAAAUUUUAUUUAUGUUAAAAACAAAUCAAAUUGGAAAAUUAACAAAAACAAAUCCUUAUACAAAACAAUUAUAUGAAACUGUUUUAGAAACAACAAAUAUAGAAACAAUCAAUGAAGAUAAUGAUUAUGAUGAAGAUAAACAACAUCAAGAACAAUUAAUAAAUCAAUUGAAUGAAAAGGAAAAUUUUGAAAGUUUAACUAAUAAUCAACUUUUGAAAGAAGAAGAAAAUGCAAUCUCAACUGAAAAAUUAGAACAAACAACAAUUGAAACUAAUAAUUCAGAAGAAUAUGUUGUUAUUACAGAAUCAUUAUUAUCAUCUCCUAUUAUACAAGAACAACAAAAUUCAUUAGAAAUGAUUUCAUCUAUUAAUGAUGAAAAUCUUCAUAAUCAAAAUAUUUUAAAAUCUCGUAAAAUAAAAAAGAAAAAAUUAACAAUAUCAGUUGAAAAACUUACAUCAACUAUAAAUUCAACAUCAACAUCAAAUGAUGAUCUAUUUGUUAAAAUAAUUGAAUGUUUACGUAAUCGAAAAUUACUUACAUUUAAAUAUAUAUGUAUUCUUAUUUGUCUUUGUUUUUCAAUACUUAUUAUUUUUAUCCAUAAGUGA